AUGACUCAGAUUGGACAAUCAGUUGCUGAACUUCACUCAGCUGCUAAGAUGGAGGAUCCUGAUGAGAAGUCUGAGGUUACGGCAGCAUCUGCAGAUCCAACAAUGAAGAAAGAGCCAACGUCGUCAACUGCCACUGAUCCUAAAGUUCCCAGAUUGAGAAAUGAGCAGCAACCUACUUCACGACAGAAACCUUCUCUUCAUGAUAGUGAUAUCCAACCACUUGAAGUCCAGCGCUACGUAGUGGAACACAUUAUGAAAGCUGAGGAAAGUGCUUACCAUCUACAAAGGCUCCGAGUGUUUUCUGGACGGCUGCCUAGACCAGCACAUGAAGCAGACUAUGAGACCUGGCAUUCAGGAGUGGAUCUGCUAUUAAAAGACCCAUCAGUUUCUGAGCUUCAGCGAUCGAGGAGGAUCAUGGAGAGUCUACUUCCCCCAGCCGCUGAUAUGCUAAAGCAUUUAAGUUCAGAUACUCCACCUACUGUGUAUCUGAACAUAUUGGAUUCGGCAUAUGGCACAGUACAAGAUGGAGAAGAACUCUUUGCAAAAUUCAUGGACACUUUCCAAGAUGCAGGGGAGAAGCCAUCUUCAUACCUCCAGCGGCUGCAAGUGACAACUAUCCCAGUUUCUUUCUAUAAUGAUAAGCUAAGUCACCAACCUGUAAUGCCUCUGGAUAAUUUGUUACAGGUUGAAGGUGCUGCUGGACAGUCUGUUCCGUAUCUGGGGUACGUGGAGCUGGUCAUCACCUUCCCUGAAGAUUUCAUUGGAGUAAACACAGAGGUACCAACUCUUGCUCUUGUGGUCCCAGAUACUAGUCCUGAUAGGCCAUCUAAUGUACUUAUUGGCAUGAACACACUGGAGCCACUGUAUGAACAACAUCUUAGCGGUAACCAUGUACAAUUUCAACCCAUGGCCCAAGGAUAUCGAGCGGUCCUGAAACUGCUACAGUUAAAACACCAGCAAAAUCAAUCAGGAAGGGCAGGAACUGUCAGGCUAUUAAGCACCACUCCAGUCCUUAUUUCACCUGGCCAAACCACUGUCUUGGAGGGUUCUGUUAAAAACACCCUUCCAUCUGCAGAUAAGUGGGCCAUUGUUGAACACCCUAGCUCACCUUUACCAGGGGGUUUAUGUGUUCAGAGUUGUCUAAUUACAUUGCCACGGUAUCCACCAUAUAAAGUCCCAGUGAUCAUGAAGAAUGAAUCAGAGCAAGAGGUGUUCAUAUCACCAUUAACCAUUAUUGCAGACAUUGGGUCAGCGCCUACUGUUUUGUCGCAACAAAUCACAUCUCAAACCUCACAACAAACCACUUUGGAGUUUAACUUUGGAGACUCUCCUAUUCCACCUGAGUGGAAAGAACAUAUUAUCAACAAAAUGAACAGCAUGCCUGAAGUAUUUUCUCAUCAUGAUAUGGAUUUUGGCUGUACAGACGCAGUUAAGCAUACCAUUAGACUUAAUGAUGAAACGCCUUUUAAACACAGAGCAAGGCCAAUCCAUCCUCAAGAUCUGGAGGCAGUCCGUGAACAUCUUAGAGACCUGUUUGGAGCUGGCAUCAUACGAGAGUCUAAAUCACCAUUUUCCUCUCCAAUAGUUGUUGUUCGGAAACGUAAUGGUUCCGUCCGGCUAUGCAUAGAUUACAGGAAACUGAAUCUUCAAACUAUCAAAGAUGCAUAUGCCCUUCCUAAUUUGGAAGAAUCUUUUUGCGCUCUGACAGGGUCCAAAUGGUUCACUGUGUUGGAUUUAAAAUCUGGCUAUUAUCAAAUAGAGAUGGCAGAAGAAGAUAAGGCUAAAACAGCUUUUGUAACUCCCCUUGGGUUUUGGGAGUGGAACAGGAUGCCGCAAGGAAUUACAAAUGCGCCUAGCACAUUUCAGCGGCUAAUGGAGAGAUGCAUGGGAGAUCUGCAUCUUAAAGAAGUCCUUGUCUUCCUCGAUGACAUCAUCAUCUUCUCUGCCACUCUGGAAGAACAUGAGGAACGGCUGCUGCGUGUGCUCUCCCGGUUGAAGCAGUUUGGACUAAAGCUCUCUCCAGAGAAAUUCCUGCAAAGCUGAAGAAAUCAGAAGGAAAGUACUCGGAUCCAAAGCAAUCCUUUGGAGAUAAAUGGACUAGCCAUCAGCAGAUUGCCUUUGAAACAGUCAUUUCCAAAUUGAC